AUGGCGUCCUCGAAUAAGAGCACUUCGGAUGCACACUUCUCAUUUGCCAAGAUUGCGGCUCUGCCCGCUCCUUUGGCUUCCCCAUUAUCCGUGACAGCUGGUGAGAGUAAUGCGGUCAAGACCGCGAACACGACAAUGUUCAACGAGCAACACAACCAUGACAGCCUGGCGUCUAACAAACGAUGUGCGAGCCUCGAUAACGAUGAAAACUCUACUGCGGAUUCCAGUUGUUGUGAUCUUACAGCGACUAUGCAAGACCUUGAUCUUGAGUCGCGAAAUGCACGUCUUGAGUCUAGCCUACCGGGCGAUGGCCCUGCCCACGGCAUACUGAAACGUGAGAAUUCGUUUGACGAUGAUCGAACCCAUCUCUCUACCUCAUCGACAAAAAUGACCAAUUUCGAUUCUAAGAGUUUGGCCUCUGUUACCACUUUCGCUAUGGAUGAGAAGGACUCGGUUAGGCCUGAUGACAGCGCUAGCGUGCAAGCUAUUGACGAAGAGGAAUCCCUCUCCGGUGUCGUCUCCGGGGCACCGAACUCAGUGACGGGGUCUGAAGCAGGUGGUCGAUUGUUUCGUGAUCAUUUCCGUGACAACAUUGUCAUUCGUCCUCGUGGGGCAAACUCUGGCUACAGCGACGUCAACUCUCAAGACGUAAAUGCUGUAUCCUCAGACUCUGUUGCCAAUGACUUUGCCAGUCCAGUCAACCCUGAGUCUUCUCCGAGCGCCCAUAUUCUUCAUCCAUUCCCGCUUCAUCCUGACGAGAAACUGGUCACGGCGAUGGAAAGUCCCAAGGACCGACUCAUGGUUCUGACAAUCGAAGAGAAGGUCCGCGCAUUCAUAAAGUAUUCCAGUGAGCAAUCUCUUGAGCUCCCCCCCAACAAUUCAUAUGGGCGAUUGCUUGCGCAUCGAUUGGGAGACUACUACCAUUUGACACAUUUUGUGGACAACAAUGUAACUUCCGUGCGCCUUCAUCGAACCCCUUUCUCCAGACUACCAACUCCAUUGUCAGAGCUUUUCCCUGUCUCUAGCGAAAAGCCUGCCCAUCCCAUGCCAACAAAGAUCAUGCGCCGCACAGAUGGGCGUCCAUCGGCCGAAGGUAGCUUAGCCGCCAGCUCUUCUGUGGCGUCAAAAGCCGCCUCGGAGACAGGUUCCGCAGACCAGGAUGGAGACCGUACUGGAUCUGCUGGAUCAAUGUCUGCCAAGGACCGUAUGGCCAUGACACGUGAGGAACGAGAGGCCAAGUAUGCAGAAGUCCGCGAGCGCAUUUUUCGUGAUUUUCCCGAAAGUGCGAAAUCGGAAACUAGCGGCGAUUCGACCAGCAUGUCUCGGUCAAGCUCUACAGCCGGACGAAAGAAAGCUCCAAAACAGCGCACACCUCACGAUGAUGGUUUCGAGGCACGCUCGCAAUUCAAUGCUUACUACACCGGUAUUCCGUACAGCAACACUACCUCUGGGUACCAUCCAGCCGCGUCCGAUACUUCGUAUCCCACCAACGUCCCAUACAUGGUAGGACCAGGCGUGGCCCCUCCCAACGGGGGUUUCGUUCCAAAUGGACACAACAUGAUGUACUCGGGGCAACCAGUCAUCAGUAAUUUGCCACAGUAUCCAGCGGCAAUGUCUCCACAGAUGAAUGCCGCCAACUCCUGGCAAGGCACAAACACGCAGCAGUCUCCCUAUCAGGGUUACUCUUCGAUGAACCAGCCUAUCGUCGGUAGUCAACAGACUACUGUCAAAUCUCCACAGGCGACGGGAAACUAUCAAACACCCCAUUCGCCCCAAUUCACGCAGGGUCCUGGUUGGAGUAACGGCCCCUUCUCAGGAAAUGUUCAGCAGCAACAGCAGCAGCCGCCUGUCCAUCAACGAGUCCAACAGACCAACCCGUGGCCCAAUUACCCGGUACAGGGUGUGAACAACACGAACGUCACCCCACAUGUUGCUACCUAUUCUUACGCUCAAUACCCUGGACAACAUCUGAACUCCACUCUUCACAACGGUGGCGCUUCCGCGCUUUCAAACAAUUUUGCAAGAUCCCACUUCAAUCCCCAGACGCGCUCCUUCGUUCCAGGAGACGCUGGACCUCAAAGACACUCUGGAAAAGGUCUGCCGCCUAGAAUGCAAGCAUAUGGGAAUCGGCCGCCUCCCGUGACCCAAACUAACUGGUCGAGACCCCCGGAACCUGGUCCACCUCAAUCUCCCGACUCUUACCCUAAUGGCAGCCCGUCUCGAAACUCGAACUCGGCCUCUCAGACCUCCAUCGCCAAGUGGGGGACACCAUCUCACUUACCACCCAAACCACCUCCCUCUGAAGUGCCGUCGGGUUUUGAGAUCAAGCAUCGCGCCGCUCCAGCAAAUACUUUGGGGGCAACAGCGAAUAGCAACGGGCUGUCGGGUGUGGUCAACAAUGGCCCUUUGGUCGUAUCUGGAGGAACAAACACGAAGAUGAAUUAA